GCACAAUUAACGUCUCAAUACUGGGAUAUUGCUUUGUCUCUGUCCAUAAAAGGCACCCUCUAGUCAAGAUCAGCUGCUGGACUGACUUGACCCGCAACUCCCCCCGAAACUCUCGACUUGCUCUCGUAGCGUUAAACCAUAGUCAGGCCAUGAGUAUCAAAGCGACCUUUGGGUUCAGCAGUACCCAGUACCGAGAGAAACAAGAAUCGGUAUCGGAAUAUGAACUCAAGAAGAAGCAUCAUGUCAAGGUGCAACGAAUCGUCAUGACCACCGGGAGCGCGAUGGGGGCUAGGGCAGCUGCUCCAUAUACCUUUGGCGCAACUCUGGUCGUUUACCUCUAUCUGUUGCGCCAGAAGCGCAUUCUCGAGCGCCAAAAGGUGCUCAUAGAAGAGCUGCUCGUUGACCGGGGGGAAGUCAAACCUCGAGUGAGAAUACGGGACGUUGUUGCUGGUGCCACUGUUGCUAUCGUGUCUGGUCCAGUGACGGCUCUGUCUGGUGUUCCUCUAAUGGAGAAUGCUGUACAUGCCGUGGGUGCUGCUGGUGCUACAGCCAUAGCCAAGCAUGGCUCAAAGAGGCAAAGAGCUAGCAGUGAGGCAACGACGGUAGUGGAAGGAGACAACAGCGUCCAAGCAGAGAAGAAGGACGAUUUCAACAUGAAGCUGGAAGGAAUAAACGAGGUCGAUAUCCCUUCGUCCUCGCCUCCUUUGCCACCCGUCAAGGAAAUACAAAUGCAAGCGCAGUCAGCGACUCCUGACAAACAACCCGACCCGGAUCAAAGCAUCACCGUCAAGGGAGACCAAAAUGAAGCCGUCGUAGAAGCCGUAUCUCCACUCGACAAGGAAAACCAAGUUACUGUCGCCGUCGUUGAAGAUACCAUCAAUCAGAAGAAGGAAGACAAAGAGGACAUUUACAGGAGGAAAACUGAAGAAUAUCGGCAAGAAGUCUAUCUAAACAUCGCUGGGAAAGCAACAGCCAAUCAUGCGACGGCUGCCGGAAAGCUUCCAGCUAAGCAUACUGUCAACGCUGCAGAAAAGACGACAGAAGGAUGGAAGAAAGAGCGCGCUGCCACAGAAGAAUGGAAUGCGGAAAGAAAUAAAAGGGGAGACAAGAAUCGUACUCAGAAGGUGAUCAUGCUUGAUCCCUCCAAGGGAGACAAGAUUCACGACGACAAUUUUGGAGAGAAUAUCCUCGAUUCAUUGCCCGAACUUACUAAGGCGUGA